CCCGUGGAAAAAACCACGGGGUCGCCCGUCUUUUAUAUAUCGCAUUGCGUGUUUCCGUAACAAAAAGACAAACAGACGCACAAACAAACAGACGGAAUACGGCUAUUAUUAAAGAGAUGUAACAUCUCUUGCGGGGUGAACAUUUGUUAUGCAUAGCCUCCAUUUAAUGUAUAAAGUGAGAAUUUCACUUUGAAGCCAAAAAUCCUUUUUCAAAACAACUAUCAUUUUCAAUUUAGCGCUUUUAAAACAAAACCUUCAACUUGUUUAUCCUUUCUAUUAUAUUUAUUUCGUUUGACAAUAAAACAGGUCAUAGAUGACUUUCAAUUUUCUAAUUGAUGACAAGUAACAAUAUCAUUUAACCUCUGCUCAACACUUCCUAACGGAUGCACAGAAAAGAAGAAGUGCUAUUUCACAAAAAUAAAAGUCCUGUAGGUUUGAAAAUGGUUAACAUACAGUUUCAAAUCUUGGUGGUGGUAUUAACAGCGACAUUAACAGAUUCAGCAGCUGUAUUUGUAUCGCGUCGAAAUGGAAAAGACAAAAAUGGAUGUGGACGAGAUUUAACAUUUCCUUGUAAAUCUCUAGGAUACGUUCUGGAAACCAAGGUGACAGUAAUUAAUCUAGACGGAGGUAAAGAUGAAUUAAGUCCAUUAACGUAUGAAGUUUACAAAACUUUCCAGCUUAAAAGAGAUAUCGCAAUGGAAGGUACUGGAAAAGUGUUACCGAUUAUACUAAUGCCAAAUCACCAAGGAACCUUCAACAGAUAUCUGUUUUAUUCUUCUGAUAACCACACCAUUACCGUUAAUAGAAUUAGGUUCUACAAUGUCUCUUUAAUCACCGUUGGAAUAUCCUUCUCGAAUAUAAAAUUACAUAGCUGUGUUUUGGAGCAUUGUAAUGAUUUUAUAGCUCGUGAGAAUAUCAUGGCCAGAAAAGACUUAUUAAACUUCGAAAUAACCAACUGCAAGUUUAUUAACUCAAAAUUUAAUCUACUCUUUGCGGAUCUAAGAAUUUUUAAUAGCACCAUAGUUAGAUCGUCAAUUCAUGCUACCGAUGUAGUCGUUGUCAAUAUAUCAAAUUGUGUUUUUCAAAACAUACCCAAUGUAUUGCUAACUUGUAAACUAUCACCUUUUUCCGUUGUUGUUAUAUCUAAUACCAACUUUAUGAACACGCUGACGCUUCAAAAUGCAAUAACAGUAUCUCUCUGCUCAAGACUUUAUAUAUUAUAUUCUAGCUUUGAGGGCUUCAAAUAUAACACAAUACGUAUGGACUAUGUAGGUCUGGCGACUGUAAAGCGUUCAAUUUUUAAAAACAAUAAGGGUAUACUAGGUGGUGCUCUAACACUAACAAGAAGCCGGGUAGUUGUUACAAACAGUAUCUUUUUAAACAACACAGCAACAUACGGAGGAGCAAUCUAUUUUACAGACGGUACUGUAAGCUUAUUGGUAGAGAACUCGAAGUUUAUUUCAAACACGGCUUUGGUGUUAGGCGGAAGUAUUUAUGCCAUCAUCGAAAAAAGCCUUUCCUAUUCAACUAUUGUACUUAACAACGUUACUAUGUAUGGAAAUCCGAUAUAUCCAUUAAGUUCUGGUGUGUUGAUUUAUUCAACAAUUCCAGCAUUUUUUCAAAAUGUCACAAUGGCUGUUUCAAAGAUGCUGCCAGAGUGGCCAAUUACAGACGGAUUUACGUGUCAUGAUGCCUGCCUUGCAAGCUUAGAUCACUGGACAGUCAAUUUUACCUAUGUCUGCCCAGAUAAUCAUUACGUUGUACCAGUAAGGUAUGGCAAACUGAAAGAAUUGUCGUCCUUGCGUUGUGUAAGAUGCAAGAAAAACUCUUACACCAUGCGCCAGGGGAAAUUUCAAAUCUUACAUGAUCGUUCUAGAGUCUUAAACAAGUACGCAGCAUGCCUGAAAUGCCCUUCCGGUGGACAUUGUGAUAAUAGAAUUACAAGUCGUGAUAAUUUUUGGGGUUAUGCAUCAACAGUUCAAAGAAUAGUAGCGUUUUUACCUUGUCCACCAUCGUACUGCUGUUCACAUGGAAAGGUCAAAUGUGUCUCAUACAAUACUUGCAAUAGAUAUAGGAUGGGCAUUUUAUGUGGAUCAUGUAAAACUGGCUACCGAGUAAAUUUUGUUGAUGAAAGCUGUAUCUUAAAAACCGGAUGCCAGAAACACAUAUUUUGGCUACUUUACUUGUUUUAUGCAAUUAUUUAUACAGGAAUACUCCUUUAUUACAAAAAUGUGUUCUUGUUUAUUUUGAAACAUAUCAGAAGUUUUAAAAAGACAAAAGUUCUACAUGAGUCGGUAAUGGAACCCUUGCUUGACGGUACUGAAUUUGAUAGGGAGGAUGAACGUAAUACGGCCAUUAUUAGUGCAGUGGCAACACAAGAAGAUCCUUGCACAACGCCUAAUUAUCAUGAAGAAGUUGGUAUGAUAAAAAAUAUUUCUGGAACAAAGACCAUUUUAUUUUUCUUCUAUCAAAUCGAAGUUUUACUGCGAAUUAACGAAAACGAUCAUCAGACAAAAUCUGUUGUGGGAAGUGUUAAAAAAAUAAUUUCGUCUGUAUUCAACUUACAAAUUAUUUCUGAACCGUUAUCAAAAUUGUGCCCAAGUAAAGAUCUGACAAAGGUCGGAAAAGAAGUCGUUAAAAUAUCCAUUAUUCCAACAGCAAUGAUGUUUCUUAUCUUAGCCUUCGUUACAAAGAAAAUUUAUUCGGCAUGUAUAACGCGAAGGAGAGAGGAAGGAGAAUUAGCGAAUUGCCAAAAAGACGUACAUGUAAAGGUCAAAUCGUGUCUAAUUCAACUCACAUUGCUAGGUUACACUGGAAUUUCAGCAUUCUGCUUAAGAAUGAUGAAUUGCGUCAACAUAAACGACACAGGUCACUUGUACAUACAAGGUGAUGUUGUCUGUUAUUUAUGGUGGCAAUAUCUUAUCAUGGUCUUUUUCUCCAUUUGGAUAGUGUUAUUUCCUUUAUCAACCUACCUUUCGGAAAAAAUGCUGACUAAGGAUCAUAUAACGAGUUCACAAUUUUACUUUUGCUUCGCCUUUCCUCCAUAUGCAAUUUAUCGCUACCUGAAAAGAAAGCGUAUCAUUCCUGACUUCAACAGUAACCAACCAUAUGACGGGACGAAGGAGAAGGAUCAAAUCAUUGGAUUGUUUCAAGGACCGUAUCGAUCAAAGAUUUCUAACUCACAAUCAAUUGGGAGAUUAUUGUAUUGCUUCGACGACUAAUCCUUUCUGCUAUGUGUGUAUGCAUAGUCAACCCUGUUUGGAAAACCUUUUUUACAUUUCCAAUGCUUCUGUUAUUCUUGUUACAUCACUGGUAUCAACAACCGUUUUGCAGCAGUGCACUUAACAGGUUGGAAACUGCGUCGCUAUCACUGUUGCUGACUCUCAAUGUCUUUAAUUUAAUUUGGGCUAUGGAUUAUAUGUAUGCGUUUACAGAAUUACCGGGCUUCAAAUUGAUCGAUACAAUCUGCGUUUGGACACGAGAUAUUAUUCUUGUAUCGCCUCCGUUGGUAAUUGUAGUCAUCUUAGUAUCAGCCGCAGUGAAAAAACUCUACUGCAUGAUCAGAAAUUAUUUCCAUGAAAAGGAAAACUAGUUGCAGAAAGAUACAUACAAGUUGUGAUUUCACACUAUCGCUACAAUACUUUCUAAUGGUGUUUUGCGUUAUUAGUACUGAAGAUUUAGCAUACGUACCCGUGUUGUAAAUUGUUUGGUUAUUUAAGUCAUAUAAAGUGCUUAAGUCUAAAUAAGCUUCUAAGUGAUUUUAUGUUAAGAUAAAAUCUCCUUUGUGUGAGUUGUGUGUUCAUUUUAAUUGAUCUCUUAUAUUAAUACGAAAACUGUGUCUGUCCGUCUGUGACCAACAAAGUCGAUUAUAUUUUCUACUAUUUUCUUACAAAGCGCCUAACACAUUCUCUAUAAAAAUGUUCCGCAUUUUAUAUAAUUUUAUUUUCGUUUUUAAUUUGCUGGAGCUAAUCACGUGCUUUAAUAAAGCCAUUUUAUUAGCUGGUAAUUUUAUUGUAUGCUAAUAUAAAAUAUGAUGUAACGGAUGCUUUGUUAAAAAUUAUUGCAAGGAUAAAGUCACCAGCAAUUAAAGUUGUUAUGAUUGCUCGUAUCAUUUUAAUGUAAUUGACUACAAACUGUUUUGUGAGAAGAAGCAAAGUACACUUUAAUUUAUUUUAUUAUGUAAGAUAAUUUGUAACAAGUAUAUAUGUAUAAGUA